GUCAGCUUCAGUUCUAGUCAAGCACUUUUUGAGUUUCCCGCAGCAGAUUCACCGACCCGCCUUUGAUCCUUCAUUCUCUGCCUGUGCCAGAUCGUCUAGGCUAUGGAUGUACUCUUUCGCCCGCUGAAAGCAAGGACACGCUGUUCCAUCUGGAUCUGUCUCUUGCAGGUAUUCUUCUGUGCAAUGCGCUCAAUAGUCUGAUUGCUGAACCUAAUCCUUAUUUUUUCGUAGACCGUUGGCGGGGUCUAGUUUCGCGGGAUGCAAAGGUAUCUCUUGCCACUUUGGUGUCAUCCAUUUUGCAGUGGUAAUCCGGUCUACCUGCUUCGGCCUUCUUCUUUACUUCCAAAGGCAAAAGGCCAGGAAUCCAAGCUCAUCCUAGCCAGCCCUUGGAGCACCUUAACCCAGUGCGCGCAUGUGAUCACGGCACCAGCCGUCCAGGUUCUGGAAUCCUCCAAAUCUGUCAACACGUGCAAUCCGCGAGCACGGCGACUUGCAUCCUCGAUAUGCUCAGAUCAAGUUUUUCAACGCAUUCUCUCAGUCGCGAAUUCAAUUGCCCGGCGGCCACCAAGCCCGACCGGGAAAGCAGUCCGCCAAUUUGCAGUGGGCCGAGAGCCGAGGUGCACCGCUGCAGUCAUCACGUGCGGACGUGGCGUCCCGCGGGCCAGGGCCGGGGCCGGGCCGGGCCGGACGACACCCGCCCACCCGACACGCAGACCGCCGACGUGUCUCACAGUUAAGCUAACACCCAACGAACGCUCUUGCCCGCUGGGAGGCCAGCCGUGCCCGCUGCUGUUUUUUGGGGCCCAAUAAAAGGCACUGCGUUCGUUUGCACGCUUUUCCCGUUU